AUGGGUUCACAUACCGGUGGCAAGCGCCGUUCCUCCGAUGAGACUCCGACCACCGGCAAGUCUGAUAGGAUGAAGAAGCAGAAGACGAAGAUGACCCACGAUCAUGAAGAGUUCGACACCGUGGAUGACGGAGAUAUCACCAUGCAAGGCACCGGAAAUGACCAUGAGAAUGACAGCGAGUUCGAAGAGGCCGAUGACAUGGAUGGCAGUGACUUUGACGACGAGAUUGACAACGACCAAUCUUUCAAUCGCGGCGACAUCGCUGGCAAGGACCAUCCCGAUGUGAUCUUGGGCGUGAUACCUGAAUGGUCCCGUGUCUUGCCCGACUGGCCCUUCGGCCUCGCCCCGCCUGAUAAAUCCACCAAGGCUGCCAAGUUGCAGAAGAAGGAGCUGGAGGCGGCACAGCAAUCAAAGAAAUCGUGGUCUUUGGGCCUGCCUCCUAGUCACAAGUUCCGCUCAAAGGAUUUCGUUUCCAAGGGUGUCUACAGCCUCCGUGACUAUCCGCCGACUGGAAAGCUCGCUUUGAGCCGCGAGGCUCUCAUCAAGGAGUAUCACGACGCCGGCAACAACACUGCUAAGCGCCCGGUCGCGAAUAUGUUGCCGGGUGCGCGCGUCCUCAUGGAAACCAACACCUACACCAAUUCCCGCGGGAACUUCCUCCGCCCGUACCUUCGAUUCAGAGAGACCUAUGACUUACACGAGUUCUUGGAGACAGGUGUUUCUCGCGUCCUCCAACACUUUCAUUACCCGUGGAUCAAAUCAUACGCUCGCAAGCUCAAGGCCGAAGGCAAGGAUCCGCUGAACGCCAAGGGAUUCUUCAAGCCGCCGCAACAGCCCCGCAAGAACAACAUCUUCCAGGAGAUCUUGAGGCUCGAUUCGGAGGAAACGCAUCAGACCCUUCAAAACAAGUCCGUCGAGGCAUAUCCCAGCCUGGUAGUGAUGAGAAUGCCGGAGUUUGCGUUCUCGAAGAAGAGCUUCAUGGAGCCCAUCGAUUAUGACAAAGUUGACUAG